AUGAGCCACAAAGACGCAACAUCAGACAACAAGAGUCGACAACAACCUCGUACAUCGGGAGCUGCAGAAACUGCGCCUGGAAAAGGUGGCGGCAGAAAGCAAGUCGACAAGGAUCAACAGGAUAAGAAUGGCCGCUAUGCCCAAUCAGUUUCUCAGACUCAUCAAAGCAAACAUUCUGAAGGCGAAAAACGUCGAACUCGAACGUUAAUGCGAACAAAGCUGGUGAAAAUGAAGUUGCUGGUAACCAACCAAGGCAAUCAAAGGCAUCAACACAUACAGUGUCUCAAAAUAGCAACGGUGAUGGAUAUUAUUGCAGUGAGGGAUGUAAAUGACGAUCUCGAGAAGCCAUUCUCUGACACCGAUGAUGAAACGGUGCGUCAUCGCCCUGAGAAGCCCAAUUUGUUCAUCCCACGUGGCCGUAUUCGAACUCUUUCCGGAACGGUGCCAGUGAUUGGUUACUCACCCAAAUGGGGUGGACCUACCAUGUCCCUUUAUUGCCUUCAAUUCUUUGAGCUACCGUAUCAAAUAGGGGACUUCGAGGAGUUAGCUGAA